AUGCCCUCCAAAAAGGAAGAGCUUUACGACCAGCUUUCUCAAUUAAAAAACAAAGUCACUCAAAUAGAAACGAAUUUGUCACUGAUUUCAAGUCGGGUGAUUCAUAAUGAAAUCACACAGAAAGACCUGCAAAAGCAAAUAUCUGAUAUAACUAUACAUAUGACUAACAUCCCACCUUAUGAUGAACUCAUUGCUCAAAAAACAUUUGAACCAUUCACAGACGAUUUGAAGAAGUUUACUGAAAAGGAGAAGUAUGAAGUGGUAUACGAUUCAAUCAAGGAUGGCUUCACUUCACAUACAAUUAAUAAUGUCAUUCAAAACAAGAACAAUGUGAUGAUUGUUGUCGAAACAAACAACGGCAACGUCUUUGGUUCUUUCUCUUCUGCAGUCAUCCCUAACUCCGAAAAGACGGGAUAUGGCUUUUAUGUAACAAAAGACCCCGGGUUCUUCUUAUUCUGUCUGGCUGGGAAAAGUGUUCUCAAGCCUAAAAAGUAUACUAAAAAAGACACAAUGUACUCUUUAAAAAUGUAUUCGGAUGAUAACGAAGAAUUUGUCGUUGGUUCACAUUGCGGGUUUUAUGUCGGGGCAACACGAAAUUCAUUCAUCUCAAAUAAGAUGCCACUGUUCUACAAUGGGAUUGAUAACGUCGACGAAAUUGUUGGAAUGCACUUCCCAAAUACUUUUACGGUGUCUAGAGUCUGUGCGUUAGUAUGGAGUUAA